AUGAAUAACAAGUUAAUACCAUUGUUAAUGAGUAGAUAUAUAUGUUUUCAACGGGACAUUAAAGGUCCGGUUGGAUCUAUUAAAUCAAAUGUUAGAGCAAUUGAAAAAUUUAUGUUUGAAAGGUUAUUUUAUGCAGUAAUACAUAUUUAUAAUCAAUCAUUUAUUGUUACGGAAGGGGAUCUUAUUAGGAUUCCUCAGAAAUUGCGUGAUGUUAAUGUUGGAGACAUAAUUAGAUUAAAUUGUGUAUCUAAGCUAGGAUCAAGAAAUUAUACGUUAAAAGGAGAACCGUAUAUAGAUGAGAAGCGUUAUACAUGUAGAGCGAGAGUUUUAGAAAAGACGAAGGCGCCUAUGUCAUAUUUUAUAAAAAAAAAACGUAGACAAAGACGUAUAAAAGUUGUGAAAAGUAAGCAAGAUUAUACAAUAUUAAGGGAAAUAAAUAAUGAGAAGAAAAAAGACAAGAAUUAA